AUGGAGCAUGAACUUCCUUAUCAGAGAGAGAAGCCUUCCCAGAAGGAGAGAGGCCAGUGGUGCUGCGAGGCUCUCACCAGCAGCAUUCUGGAUCUUACACACUCACACCUGCUGCUCCGGCUAUCCCAGCAGGUCUUCCGUUUGUAUGGCUCUGCAAGGCCCCAGACCAGGGACCUGUCAGCUCCCAGCCUGCUCACGUCCCCACGCGGAGCCCGCGGGCUGAUAUCGGAUCCCAUUCCCGACGGGCCGGGCCACGGCCCCGGCGCCCCUCAGCAGCCCGGCUCUGCUGCCGCCCCAGCUGCUGAGACCCCACCUGGGGGUUGGAGGCCUGGGCUGGGGUGGAGGCGUAGCCCACUCCUCAAGGCCAUCCAGCCGGUCCUCCGCAGCUCUCAGCAGCCUGGAGACCGAGGCCACAGCCCGGGAGGCGGGACCUCAGCCCGGGAGACCGAGUCCACAGCCCGGGAGACCGGGGCCUCGGCCUGGGAGGCGGGACCUCAGCCCGGGAGACCGAGUCCACAGCCCGGGAAACGGGACCUCAGCCCGGGAGUCCGAGUCCACAGCCCGGGAGACCGAGGCCUCGGCCUGGGAGGCGGGACCUCGGCCCGGGAGACCGAGGCCACAGCCCGGGAGGUGGGACCUCGGCCCGGGAAGCGGGACCUCAGCCCGGGAGACCGAGUCCACAGCCCGGGAGACCGAGGCCUCGGCCUGGGAGGCGGGACCUCGGCCCGGGAGACCGAGGCCACAGCCCGGGAGACCGAGGCCACAGCCCGGGAGGCGGAACCUCAGCCCGGGAGACCGAGUCCACAGCCCGGGAGACCGGGGCCUCGGCCUGGGAGGCGGGACCUCAGCCCGGCAGACCGAGGCCACAGCCCGGGAGGCGGGACUUCAGCCCGGGAGACCGAGGCCUCGGCCCGGGAGACCGAGUCCACAGCCCGGGAGACCGAGGCCACAGUCCGGGAGGCGGGACCUCAGCCCGGGAGACCGAGUCCACAGCCCGGGAGACCGGGGCCUCGGCCUGGGAGGCGGGAACUCAGCCCGGGAGACCGAGGCCACAGCCCGGGAGGCGGGACCUCAGCCCGGGAGACCGAGUCCACAGCCCGGGAGACCGGGGCCUCGGCCUGGGAGGCGGGACCUCAGCCCGGGAGACCGAGGCCACAGCCCAGGAGGCGGGACCUCAGCCCGGGAGACCGAGGCCUCGGCCCGGGAGACCGAGGCCACAGCCCGGGAGACCGAGGCCACAACCCGGGAGGCGGGACCUCAGCCGCGCGCUGUCGUCUCCGGCCGCCGGCUCUUGCCAGACAAGGGGACCAACGGCGGCUAGAUUGGGGCCGUUACCACCCCGUGCGCCGCCCUUCCGCUAAGGGCGCCGGAGCGCGACAGCGACUACCCAGGCCCAGUUCUGCUGCCAGAGUUUUGUAUGCAUUUCAACAGCAACAAAAUAUGAAUAAAUCUUGGGGUUUGGUAUCUUUUGAGGAUGUUGCUGUGGACUUCACCUGGGAGGAGUGGCAGGACCUCGAUGACAGUCAGAGGACUUUGUACAGGGAUGUGAUGCUAGAGACCUACAGAAACCUGGUGUCACUGGGGCACUGCAUUACCAAACCUGAGGUGAUCUUCAAGUUGGAGCAAGAAGCAGAGCCAUGGAUAAUAGAAGAAUCCCCAAAUCAGAGUCUAAAAGAUGUCCAGAUUUUCGAAGAUCUAAUUAUGAAAAGCCAAGAAAGUCAUGAUACACAUUUGUGGCAUGUUGUAAUUACCAACAGUAAUACAUCAACUGGGGAGAGAAUUGAGUCAGAAAAAACAUUAUAUUUGAGCUCAAAACACACUUCAAAUCUGAUUAUAAAUAGUGAAAACUAUUCAAGAAUGAGGUGCAAAGUGUUUAAUAUAUCUUGGAAUGCACUUUCUCCUAGAAAUCCUGAUUUCGUGCACACUAGAGAGAAAUCUGAUGAUAAUAUAACUGGGAAAUUGUGCAGACAUCGUGAGCCGCUUAAUCAGCAUUCCAAGCUUCAAGCUGGGCAGCAGCCUUUUGAGUAUAGUGAACAAGGAAAAGCCUCCAACACACAGCCAAUAUUAUUGGCACACAAGAAAGUUCAUGUAGGAGAGACAUCCUAUAAAUUUGAUUAUGGGAAAGAAUUUCAUAUGUCAUCUGUUUGUGCCCAAGAGAUACCUCCAGUAUUAGAGAAAACUUUUCAAUGUGAUGUAUAUUGGAACAAAAUCUAUAAAAAUUCUGAACUCACUGAACAUCAGAAAACAUACACAGCAGAGAAACCUUAUAAUUGUAGUGAAUGUGAUAAAUCAUUCAUGAAGAAAUUACCCCUUACAGUCCAUAAGAGGACACAUAAAGGGGAGAAGCUAUAUGUGUGUAAUGAAUGUGGAAAAACCUUUCAAAGGAAGUCAAAACUCAGCAGGCAUCAGAGAAUUCACACAGGUGAGAAACCAUAUGAAUGUAAAGAAUGUAGAAAAUCUUUCUACCGUAAAUCACACCUCAUUGUACAUCAAGCAAUUCAUACAGGUGAGAAACCAUAUGGAUGCUGUGAAUGUGGAAAGGCCUUUCACAGGAAGUCAAGCCUAAGCAGGCAUCAGAGAAUUCACACAGGUAAGAAACCAUAUGAAUGUAAAGAAUGUAGGAAAUCUUUCUACAGUCAAUCACACCUCAGUGUACAUCACAGAAUUCACACAGGUGAGAAACCAUAUGAAUGUGAAGAAUGUAGAAAGUCUUUCUACCGUAAAUCACACCUCAGUGUACAUCAGAGAACUCAUAUAGGUGAGAAGCCAUAUAAAUGUAGUGAAUGUGGAAAAACUUUUCAUGAGAAGUCAAGCCUCAGCAGGCAUCUGAGAAUUCACACAGGUAAAAAACCAUAUGAAUGUAAAGAAUGUAGAAAAUCUUUCUACAGCAAAUCACGCCUCAGUGUACAUCAGAGAACUCACACAGGUGAGAAACCAUAUGAAUGUAGUGAAUGUGGAAAAACCUUUCAUGAGAAGUCAAACCUCGACAGCCAUCACAGAAUUCACACAGGUGAGAAACCAUAUGAAUGUAAAGAAUGUAGAAAAUCUUUCUACCAUAACUCAGACCUCAAUAAACAUAAGAAAAUUCACACAGGGGAGAGGCCCUAUGAAUGUAAUGAGUGUGGAAAAACCUUUUAUUGGCAGUCAAACCUCAUCAGGCAUCAGAGAAUUCACACAGGUGAGAAACCAUAUGAAUGUAAAGACUGUGGAAAGUCUUUCUACAGUAAAUCACACCUCAGUGCACACCACAGAACUCAUACUGGUGAGAAACCAUAUGAAUGUAAAGAAUGUAGAAAAUCUUUCUAUCAUAAUUCAGACCUCAAUAAACAUAAGAAAAUUCACACAGAAGAAAGACCCUAUGAAUGUAAUAAGUGUGAAAAAACCUUUAAACAUAAGUCAAGCUUCAGCAGGCAUCAGAGGAUGCACACAGGGAAGAAGCCCUAUGCAUGUAUUGAAUGUGGAAAAACCUUUCACCAGAAAUCAAACCUUAUCAAGCAUCAGAGAAUUCACACAUGUGAGAAACCAUAUGAAUGUAAAAAUGUUAGAGAAAAUUCUACAGUAAAUCAGACCUCAGUGUACAUUAAAGAACUCACACUGGUGUGAAACCAUGUGAAUAUAAUAAAUGCAGAAAAUCUAUCAUAAAUCAGACUUCAGUGUACAUCACAGAACUUGCACAAGUGAGAAACCUUGUGAGUAUAAAGAAUGUAGAAAAUCUUUCUGCCAAAAAAUCACACCCCUAUAAACAUAAGAGAAUUCACACAGUGACCCUAUGAAUAUAAUGUGUGUGGAAAAACUUUCAAACAUAAGUCAAACCUCGGCACACAGGUGAGGAUACACAUGAUGUAAAGAAUGUAGGAAAACUUUUGGUAGUAAAUCAAAAAGUGUAUAUCAGAGAAUGCAUACAGGUGAGAAACCAUGUGAGUGUAAAGAAUGUAGGAAAUCUUUCUAUUAGAAGUCAUAUUACUAAGCGCUCAUUCAUGUGGGAAAAGCCCCAUGAAUGUAACACAUUGGAAAAACCUUUCACCAGGAACACACUUCAGGAUGCAUCAGAGAACUCACUUAUAAAAUAUUGUACUGUUUGUGUUACGUUUUGCUAUAUAAUUAAUGUCAUGUCUAGAUUACUUAUAAUACCGAAUACAAUGUAAAAACUAUAUAUAGUUUUUUCUGUAAUUUUUAUUGUACUAUUUAUUUUUCAAAUAUUUUUUAUCUAUGGUUGGUUGAAUCCACCAGUGUGGAUCUCUUGGUUAUGGUAGGCUGACUGUAGUGAAUGUGGAUUCGUCUUUUGUCAGUAGUCACACCUAAGCAGACAUUAGAGAACUCACAUAAGGAUUAAAUCCUGCAUAGCAGAGGGUAUUUAUUUUCCAAAAAACACUCUUUUGCACAGACAGCAUGUAUACUCAGCCUCUUGUUAUUGUGUGCAUGACCAUGUAACUGAGCUGUGUUCAGGGGAAUAUGGACACAAGUGAUUAACAUUACUUACUGGCCUGGCAACAAAAACAACAACAAAAAAUAUACAUGCACUUCCUGAUUUCUUAUGCCCUCUAGAGCUGAAGUGCAGAUGACUUUCAGGGUGGAGUUGGGAGCCAUAGGCUGGGGAAGGCCACUAUGACUUAAGACAGAAAGAAUUGAUUAGAGCAGAAAUGAUCUCACUUUUAUUCUGAAACUCUUAUUUGUACUUUGUGUAAGUGAUAAAUAAAUUGUUGAGCCAUUUUAUGUGUGAUCUGUUUGCCCUACAGCACAUCCAGCUUACUUUAGCUAAUUAACUUUAUAUGAAGUUUAUGAGAAAAGUUACCUGUUCUUGUGUAUGAGAAGAUUCACGCAGGAGAGAAACCUGUGUGAUCACUUUUUAUCCCAAAGUUUAUUUAUAGAAAAAUCAAAUUAUGGGGAGAAACAAUACAACACAUUGGGAACACCUUAUCAGGGGGACAUCUUAUUGAAUGCUGAGAAUAAAGUAAAUUUUCAUAAAUAUCUUUAAUAUGUCAACACUUUAAACAAAAUUUCAAGUUUCUUGUACAGCACAGAAUUUUAAA